CUGACAUCUCUCCACCUCCACGAUUUGGCUUGCUUCAGCCUGCUCCCAGGGGCUCCAUUGAGAUGUCUUUACCCUGGUGUGUCGUGCGUACCUGGCGUUGACGUCUUGCUGCAUGCUGCCCAUCCGCCGACCAAGCUUUGAAGAUGCUGAUCACCUUACUGUCCUUGUGACCAAUCCCAAGGCGCAGCAACUCCCUAUUGCUCCUCUUUCAAGGUCUGUGCCUACUGAUCUGGAUCCAGCUUCGUCCCUCGAAUCAUGUUUGCUACCUGCAUUGCCUGGUUCCAAGCUCCUCAUCGCCGUUCAACAAACCUCUAGCCCUGUCUGUCGACGCGGUGGCUCAAGCUUCCGACUGGUCCAUCGACAAUGACAUCUCACGCCGGUGGUGGAGGCAUCACGUUUGCCUUUGCGUGGCGCGCCGAAAGGAUGGGCAGGUCUCUUUGCCAAUGAAAUGCUUGUGUUUCACAACCCCCCUUGCUCACCGCACCUAACCCAGCAUUACCCUUCUUCCUAUCAGGGGUAUCCACAGUCACGUUCCUUGCUCAUUCUAUAACUUGUCCAGAGUACAUCAGAAUGGUCCUUUGCCCUGUCUCUUCCUCUUUGCAAACCACUUUCAUUCAUUUCCCUCCACGCUCAUUCUACUGCCAGGCGCAGACAGAAAUCCCACUGUUCUAGUCAACAGUCACCACUCCUUUGACACGCGACUACGAUUCAUUACGAUUUCACAACGUUCACUACGAUACCAAAACCAUCACCGGCUCAUCAGCCAUACUUGGCGACUGCCUCCGUUGCUACCGACCUAGCCCGCGACCAAUUCCAUUGAGUUGCGAUCCAACCCUUUGAGCUUCACAGACGAUCUUCCUUGUGCUGCUCUUCACCAAAGUGAUUGUGCUACCUGCUCACACACAACAACAACAACAAACCUAAGCUAUCAUUCGAUAUUCUGUGCCGGCACCGAAUACCACCAACCUCAACAUGCUUGCCAACAUGAACGUGGCCGCUGUCGCCACCUUCUUUCUGGCCCUUGAAGCCAACUGCCAUAUGUUGAUGCGAUCUCCAGUUCCAUAUGGCAAAUCAUCUCUGAACAACUCUCCUCUGGAUGCAUCUGGUUCCGACUUUCCAUGCAAGCAGCGUCCCGGUGUCUAUGACGCUGAGGGCGCGCAGAACAUUAUGGCCAUCGGCGAGUCUCAGACCCUCUCCUUCACCGGUAGUGCCGUGCAUGGUGGAGGAUCUUGUCAAGUGUCUCUGACCACCGACCUUCAGCCGACCAAGGACUCUAAAUGGAUGGUCAUCAAGUCCAUCGAGGGUGGCUGCCCGGCUAAUGUCCCUGGCAAUCUCCCCGCCGACCCCAACGGUACUGGCGCAUCGACGUUUCAAUUCAGCAUUCCAAACGGCAUUGCGCCAGGCGAAUAUACCCUUGCGUGGACAUGGUUCAACAAGGUCGGCAAUCGUGAGAUGUACAUGAAUUGUGCUCCAGCGACUGUGGUGGCGUCCAAGAAGCGAUGGGCGCCUGCUCCUAAGAUCUCCAAGCGACAAUCUUCAUUCCCCGACCUCUUUGUCGCCAAUCUUGCAUCGAUCAACACCUGCACCACCCCGGAGAGUUUUGACUACAUCUUCCCUAACCCUGGCGCUGUUGUCGAGUCGGUCGGUGCAGGUCCAUUCACCCAGCUUGCCUGCGGCGCUGGUGGCGGCAACACCACUCCUCAACAACCUACCGGUGCCUCUGCCAAUGGAGGCGGUGCUUCUGCUCCCACUGGGACCGCUGGGAACGGUGGCGGUGCUUCUGCUCCCACUGGGACUGCUGGGAACGGUGGCGGAUCCCCUGUUGCGACUGGCGCUCCAGGCGGAUCUCCAGGUGGCUUCCGAGGCGGUCCAGGGGGCUCAGGUGGCUCUCCCAAUGGUGGAAGUCCCACCUUUGCCUACGGUCCCGGUGCUCCUGCUGCAACUCAACCUGCCGUCUUUGCAAGCGAUGCUGCUCCAAUUGCUACAGAUGCCCUGUCAGUGAUUCCCGUGACUGUGACCGGCGAAGCUGCUCCAGUCGCUACUGACAGUACUCCUGCCCCGGUGGCUCCUGACAAUUCAGGGAACUCCUCCGGAUCCACGACCCCCGAUUCCUCCGGCUCCUGCACCGAUGGAGACUGGGACUGUGCGGCGGAUGGUGGCUCUUUCAAGCGAUGUGUCGCAGGAGGCACUUGGAGUGUCUCGAUGAACAUGGCAGCUGGCCUCGUGUGCACUCCUGGGGUGUCUUCGACGCUUGAUAUGAAGGCCAUCCCCGUGAAGCGAUCCCAUAGCCAUGCUAUGCGACAUAUCUUCGGGUCGACACACUGAUCUGGCCAAAGUCAUUGAAGACAUCCAAGUAAGUCAUUUGAGGAAAGCAGGAGGAAUAGCAUUGUUUUACGAUCAGGGUUACGAACUGCCACGUCUCGCAUGCAUCAUUGGGUAUGGGGGCUACACCUAAAUACACCAGGCGCAAUCAAUAAAUAAAAAUAUACAUGAAAAUAAGCAUUUAUCAUUUCCAAUA